AUGUCGACGGAGAAGAUCUUCCUGACGCAGAUGAUGAUGAUAACGACGCCAAUAACGAUGGUGAAGAAUUUGGUACAGACUCAAUCACCCACCGAUUUGUGCUUUUUGAUUGGUGAAAAAAAGAAAAUUGGAGUUUAUGGUUCGUUUUUGGUUGCAGAUGAAAACGAUGACUCUGUUCACACAUUCACUGGUCACAAAGGUGAGCUUUAUGCAGUAGCUUGUAGCCCWAAMGAUCCUWCUCUUGUUGCAACYGGUGGUGGUGAUGAUAAAGCCUUUCUAUGGAGAAUUGGUAAUGGAGAUUGGGCUGCUGAGCUUCCUGGUAAACUAAUCUGUACUGGCUCUGAUGAUGCGAGUUUGAUUGUAUGGAACCCAAAGACAUGCGAAAGCAUUCAUGUGGUUAAAGGUCAUCCUUAUCAUACGGAAGGGUUGACAUGUUUGGACAUUAACUCGAACUCAAGCCUCGCUAUCAGUGGCUCGAAAGAUGGUUCUCUUCACAUUGUGAAUGUAGUCACCGGAAAGGUUGUGGGCUCUCUCACUUCUCACACAGAUUCAGUCGAAUGUGUGAAGUUUUCACCAAGCUCAGCUACCAUUCCUUUGGCUGCAACAGGUGGAAUGGACAAGAAGCUUAUAAUCUGGGAUCUGCAACAUUCAACUCCUAGGUUCAUCUGCGAACAUGCGGAAGGUGUGACAUGCCUGACUUGGAUAGGAGACUCCAAGUACUUAGCCACGGGAUGUGCAGAUGGUACAGUGAGCGUUUGGGACAGCUUAUUAGGAAACUGCGUCCAUACCUUCCACGGUCACCAGGAUGCGGUCCAUGCUAUCUCAGUCUCUACCAACGCGGACUUCAUUGUUUCGGUCUCCGUAGACAACACUGCUCGUGUCUAUGAGACAUCUGAGUUCCAAAACAAAAUGUCUUAG